AUGAGUAAAUAUCAGCUCCGAAUCAUCAAUAAAUCUGGCGUCCCUCGCCGUUUCUUCUUCUUUACUGCCCCACCAGUUUUCUCUGGAAGCAUUGCGGCGUCGGAUAUUUACACCAAUACUUGGGUAUCCGUUUAUGUGGCCAACAAGUCUGCCGCUACUGUUACUACCCAAUUAGACUUUUAUGCUUUUUGCGGUCCCAAGACUGAGGUCAGCGGCAAAACUAUUAUCGAGACUGGCUCUUCUCGCGAUACUCCGGCUAAACUCGGUUUAACUGGUGUUAAAGGAAGUUCUUAUUUGACUUAUUGGGAUCAGGAGAAUCAGAAUUUUCGCUGGGCUGAUCAAGAUCAAGCGAAUGACGCUGCCCCCGGCUGUUAUUCUAUUACCACUGAUCAUGGAUUUACUCUUAAUGAUAAUGUGACAAUUGGUUUGGCCAUGAUGAAACAAGGAGAUGAAUUCGCGACUCCCGUUACAGUUGUUAAAGCUCAACCGGGUAUGAAAUAUGACAUUGCUCCGGUAGUUAAAUUUUAUGUCGCUACAGGCGAUAAAAAGUUUGGCGAGCUGUUCGACUUCGUUUCUCAAAGUACCGAAAGUGGAGAGUACGAUUUCUCGUCCAGUGGUGGCGGUAGUGGAUAUAAUUCUGGCGAUAUUACUUACGACAACCAUGGCCAAUGGACCCAAACCACGUACAAAACCCAGAGCCUUAUGUCCCUUUCAGGCUUUGGGGGCGACCCGUCCAAGGCUAAUAGCGUGAACUGGUUGAAGGCAUUUGUUAAGUUUACCAGGCCAAUUCUGGAAUCGCAUGCCCAGAAUGUCCUUUAUGAUGCCGCCAGACAUGCUCUUUCGGAAAUUCAAUACAACCCCGGACCCUUGUAUUUUUCGGAGGAUGGAAAAACCUUAACUGUCAAAUAUGAAUUUCCUCUCCCAGACGGAGAUGAUGAUGAUAAUUACCCCCUUGUCUCCAAGCCACUCCCAUGGUACCCGACCAAGCCUGACUCUGAAGUGUUUAUUUCAAUCGAUGCGAGGAAUGAAAUCCUUCAAGUUAAAUUUACGCCUUCCUGGCAAAAGAUCCAGGAGCUUACGGGCGAUCUUGGGAACACUUCUCUAGGUGCCCCAGCAGUCCCAAAGGCUUUGGCUAGUGCCCUCGAUGACAAGAUCAAUGCCGUUUCGGGAGAGCUUCCAAACGGUGAAACCUGGAUCAUUACCGCUUAA